CCUAUAUAAGGACUCUGUUAGUGUUUCACAGUCAGUUCACACAGGGGCUGCUUGUGGAUCAAGUACUGUUACUCAAGAAAAAUGAAAAGUUGGCUUCUGUUCUUUUCAUUAUGGAGUUGCAUGGCUAGUCUUGUUUCUUCUGAUUGUGGAAGCCCUCCAAAUGAGCUUAAUGCUUAUCCUGAUUCAUCACAAAACACAGAAGGAGCCACUAUCACAUACAGUUGUCACGCAGGCUAUGUUUCAGGAAGACGCAGUAAAUAUCAGUGUCAAAAUGGUGCUUGGAAAAGGACGAUAUCAGGACGCUGUACACCAAAGCAGUGUGGCCACCCAGGAGACUCCUUAAAUGCUGAUUUCAAUUUAAAGGAAAAGGAUGACUUUAUUUUUGGGGCUAGAGUGGAAUAUGUUUGCAAAGAAGGAUACCAGAUGGCAAGCCAGCUUAAUUUCCGUCAGUGCCUAGCUGAUGGGUGGAGUAAUGAUGUUCCUCAUUGCGAAGUUGUAAUGUGCCCACAUGAACCAAUAGCAGAAAACGUAAUAAUCACAAGUGGGACAUAUGAAGAUGAUCAUCCAGUCCCUUUUGGAAAUGUGCUGCAGUUUGAUUGCAAAAAUGCAAAUCUCAAGCUUAAUGGCCAAAGAGAAAUAUAUUGUACAGCUGAAGGAACAUGGAGCAACCCAUUCCCUACUUGUAAAGAGAUCAUCUGUGAUAAACCAGAUAUACCAGAUGGAAAUGUCCAACCUGAUAAAGCAAUAUAUAAAUUUCAAGAGUCUCUGUCGUACACCUGUCGCCAGAAGUUCAAAGCUGCAACAUCUACUUUGUCAAUCUGUACAAAAUGGGGAUGGACUCCUACGCCAGUCUGUGAACCACUUACAUGUGAACGGCCUAACACUCAACAAGUUGGUUACUAUGAAAAAUUCAAAUAUAACAUUGGUGAGGAGGUUGUUCUGGUAUGUCAGACUGGUCAUAAAACUCCUACUAAUGAACAACAGGACACGCUUAUUUGUACAGAAGACGGCUGGAAUCCAAAAGCACGUUGUGAACCAAUCAUAUGCUCCACAAUAAUACAGGACAAAAGAAUUAUAUUUACUCCAGAGUAUCGCCGUAUCAAUCAAGGAUGGUCAUAUUCAUAUUCAUAUUCAUAUUCAUUUCCUGAACACGACGUAAUAGACUACUCAUGCGUUUAUGGAUUCAAGCCAGAGACAAAAACAAAGAUAACCUGUCGUCUCAAGGGCUGGGAUCCUUCACCAAAAUGCACUGCAAUUAUCUGUAAUAAACCAGAUAUACCCGGAGGAUAUGUCAGAAAUGGAAAAGCACAAUAUAAAUUUAAAGAAUACAUGUCGUAUGCUUGUCAUAAAAAUUUUAAACCUACAACUACUACUAUUACUUUAACCUGUGAAGAACACGGAUGGAAUCAAGAUCCAGAAUGUGAACCAAUUACAUGUGAACAACCUAAUCCUGAGUCUGUUGGUUAUUCUGAUAAAAACAAAUACAAUAUUGAUGAUGUCAUUGAACUAAAAUGCAGAGAAGGUUAUAAAACUGCCACUGAUGAAGAACGGCUCACUGUUACUUGUACAGCAACCGGCUGGGAGCCAUCAAUAUUUUGCAAACCAAUCACAUGCUCAACAUUAGGAUAUGAUGAAAACAUUGAAUUUGUCAAUAGUGGAAGGUCAAAUUCAUUUCCAUAUGGACAUGAAAUAGAAUACUCAUGUCGUGAUGGCUACAGUAAAGAGACAGAAAAACAACUUAUCUGUCGUCUAAAGGGCUGGGAACCAUCUCCAAAAUGCAUUGAAAAGAAAAACAGUUGCAUGUUACCUAAUAUUACCAAUGCACACAUAUAUGAUCCAAAGAGAGAAUACCCUUCAGAAGAAACACUGAUGUAUUCUUGUGAAAGUGGAUAUAAAUCAGUCACUGGCUUUUGGUGGGGUGAGAUGAUGUGUAAAUCUGGAGAAUGGCAGCAGAUUCCACAAUGCAUUGAUAAAAAAACAGCUUGUCCAGAGCCACCUCGUGUGAACAAUACAGUAAUUACAACAAAGCCUAAAGUGUUUGUAAAUGAGGAAGAAGUACAAUAUGUGUGCAUAUUCACUAAUGAAAAGCUGAAAAAUAAAUGUGAGAAUGGAACAUGGAUACAUGAUCUUCAGUGUGCGCAAAAUUGCCCUGUACCAGAAAUCUCAAAUGGAUCUUCUAAAAAUCAAUCAAAAAAAUAUGACUAUGACACAAAACUGGAAUAUGAAUGUAAUGAGGAGUAUACCCAUUCUAAGGUAGAUUCAAUAUGUACUGAAACAGGAUGGAAUCCCAUGCCACAAUGUACAAUUUUAACAUGUGAAGUCCCAAAUAUUGAUAAUGGCAUUGUCCAUAAUGUUGCAAGAGAAAAGAAAGAAUACAAUAUAAAUGACACACUUCAGUAUUAUUGCUUUGGGAAUUGGAAGCGCUCCAGCAUCGAUCCUGUGUGCACUGCCAAAGGCUGGAAUCCAGAGCCAAAGUGUGGUGAUGGGAUAUGUUUAAUGCCUCCUAAAAUUGCAAAUGGAGACAUAGAUGGUGAAGUUGAACCAUGGUAUGAAGAUGGUAGUCGUGUUAACUACAAAUGUAAAUCAGACCAUGUGGUUGAAGGAGACAAAACUGUCACAUGUUCAGCAGGAGUCUGGUCCAAACCACCUCAGUGCAUGAAUGGGAGAUGUUUAAUGCCUCCUCAAAUUGCAAAUGGAGACACAGAUGGUGAAGUUGAACCAUGGUAUGAAGAUGGUAGUCGUGUUACCUACAAAUGUAAAUCAGAGCAUGUGGCUGAAGGAGACAAAACUGUCACAUGUUCUGCAGGAGUCUGGUCCAAACCACCUCAGUGCAUGAAGCCCUGCCUUUUGACAGUUCAGGAUAAACAAAUUACGCUGAAACAUAAAGAAGAUUUGAAAAUUCAGUGUCCGGAUAAGAAACGAACAAGAUUAAUCUGUAAAAAUGGAGAACUACUUAAUAAAUGUCCUUAAAAAAAUGAACAUAUUCAGUAAAAGAGAACACAUGGUGGAAAAAAUCCAUGGUGCUGGAAGAUACAUUCAUUUAUCUGUUAUUAUUAUGUGAUUUUCUAUAUUACUACUCUUUAUUACUGAACUGAUUGUUUGAAGUGGAACAGUUUUAUGUAAUCAAAGCACAUUGCUGCUAGAAAGUAUACUUAUCUAUAGUGAAUGUGAAAAAGAUUUCUCUCAAAAAUGUGUUAACAUAUCUUUUUAUAUUUUUGACCACAUUGUAAUGUAACAGGUUAAAACAGCAAAAGACUAUUGUAAUGUAAGAGUUGACUAAUCAACAAUGUGUCUCUUAAAAUAGUAAACUAUGCUUCCAGUAA